CGCCAGAGGCUCUCUGUGAGCAGCAGCAGCAGUCAGAUGAACCGCAGCAGCAGCAGCAGGAGGAUCCAGUCCUCUCACCACUCUCCAUGUUGAAACUUCUCCUCCAGCUCCAGCAGACUCCUGCCGUCACCGUCCUCCUCCCACAGCCCGCUACAGUCCUCCUCUACCCGGCUAUCUCUCUCUCUCUCACACGGUGCUAUAAUGACGCUGGACUGUGAAGCAGGCUCGGAAACAACAACUGUAUGAGCUGCUCGACACACACAGUGAGACAGGCUGCUCCAACAAAGGCUCCUGGAUGCGGUGUCUCCUGCGGCUCAGGUGAAAGGUUCAUUCCACUGACUGCGAGGAUCUUAAAUGGUGUUAAAGUGGUACUAUACAAUGAGUGUCCCUGAUGUUCCAAGUGAGGAUGUGCCGGUGCAAGUCAAAGUCAUGGCUGAAGACUCUCAAAUUGGUGUAAUGAUUACUGAAAACGAGCAUGCCCCAUGUGACAGCAAGACAAGUGCUUUCACCUCGACAAGAGGACGAGCAGGAGGUCAGGAUGAAGGAGGAGAAUUUGUUCCAACGGAGGUUUUCUCUGUGCCCCAACGCCACCUCCCCUCCCAAAAUUGACCCCCGCACCCUCACCCGGAACUUGUCUUAUGGAGGAGACAACGACCUGUACAAUCUCAGCUCAGGCAGUGACACAGACAGGAACGGUCUCUCCAUGCUGAGUAAUGAACUUAGUCCUGCCCAAUCACCAGGCAGCAAGUCUGAGUCCAGGAUGUUUAAUGGUGCUGAGAAGGACUGCCCCUCCCCAACAGAGAAGCUGGCCCGGAAGGAGUCUCUCAAGGUCCAAAAGCAGAACUACAGGCAAGAGAAGAAGCGGGCAACUAGAGAACUGUUUAGCGCACUAAAGGAUCCCAGUGUUGUCAUCAUGUCCAAUUGGCUAAAGAUCCGUGGCUCUCUAAAGAGUUGGACCAAGCUGUGGUGUGCCCUGAAGCCCGGAGUCCUUUUGAUCUACAAGACCCCCAAAUCGGACCACUGGGUGGGCACCAUCCUGCUCAGCGCAUGCAAGCUGAUUGAGAGACCCUCCAAGAAGGACGGCUUCUGCUUCAAGCUCUAUCACCCACUGGACAAAUCCAUCUGGGCUGUCAAGGGUCCCAAAGGAGAGAAUGUUGGCUCCAUCACGCAGCCUCUACCCAGCAACUACCUGAUCUUCAGAGCAGCAUCUGAGUCUGACGGGCGGUGCUGGAUGGAUGCCUUGGAGCUGGCUCUCAGCUGCUCCAGUCUCUACAAGCUGACAGCCAAAGGCGGGAAAGAGGGAGAUAUCAGCACAUCUUCAGAGUCCUCCCAUAUACUCCACCUGCUGCAGGCUGCCGCACUCACUGAUGCAGAGCUGCUACAGUUGAAUGACAGUGUGCUGCUGGGCAAUCAUCACAUGGAGCAUGACGGCUUUUCAGACAAAUCAGAGCGCGAGGCUCAUGAUGACUGGGACACAACGGCCAAUGAGAACGGUGGAAGGCUGACAGAGGAGAGCGACAUGGACCAAUCAGACGACCUGUCCCCGGGGCCACAGGCCACAGCCUAUGUAGAGCAGAGCACAGAGGAGAUGGCUGAGGCUGGGGAGGCGUCCCAGGUGGAGACUGUAUCAGAGGAGAACAAGGGUCUGAUCUGGACCUUGCUGAAGCAGCUGCGGCCGGGCAUGGACCUGUCCAAGGUGGUGCUGCCCACCUUCAUCCUGGAGCCCCGCUCUUUCCUGGACAAGCUGUCUGACUACUACUACCACGCUGAUCUGCUCUCACAAGCUACACUGGAGGAGAGUGCAUACGGUCGGAUCAAGCAGGUGUUGAGAUGGUACUUGUCUGGCUUCUACAAGAAGCCCAAGGGUCUGAAGAAGCCUUACAACCCAAUCCUGGGGGAAACAUUUCGCUGCUGCUGGCUUCAUCCUCAAACCGACAGCUGCACUUUCUACAUAGCUGAACAGGUGUCCCACCAUCCGCCCAUCUCUGCCUUUUAUGUCUGCAAUAGGAAGGAUGGUUUUUCUAUCAGUGGGAGCAUCCUGGCCAAAUCCAAGUUUUAUGGUAACUCUCUGUCAGCUAUCCUAGAAGGUAAAGCCAGGCUGCUGUUCCUGGGCAGGGACGAGGAGUAUGUCAUCACCAUGCCGUACGCGCACUGCAAAGGUAUCCUGUACGGCACCAUGACACUAGAGCUGGGUGGGAAGGUCACCAUCGAGUGUGAGAAAACAAAAUGUUUCACAGAGCUGGAGUUCAAACUCAAGCCUUUCCUCGGAGGAGCCUGCUCUGUGAAUCAGAUCAGCGGGAAGAUCUUGGUGGGAGAGGAGCUACUGGCCACCGUUGAUGGACACUGGGACAAUGAGGUGUUCAUUAAUGAGAAGCGAUCGGGCCAGCAGGAGACGUUGUGGAACCCGAGCUCAGACAUUCGCAGCAGCCGCCUCAAGAGACAAGUGGUUCAAAUAGACCAGCAGGGAGAGUUUGAGUCUGAAAGGUUGUGGCAGCAUGUGACCAGUGCCAUCAUGGAUCGGGACCAGAUGCGGGCCACCCAGGAGAAGUUUGUGCUGGAGGAAGCUCAGCGGGGAGAGGCCAGGGACAGAGGAGACAAACCCUGGCUCUCACGGCUUUUCCAUCAGGACCCAGUCACCUCCGAGUGGACCUACAGGCACAUGGACACACGAGCGUGGGACCCUGAGCGCUGUCUGGUUCAGUUUGAGAAGGACGGAGUGGUUCAGACGCACGAGAAAAGCCAGAGGCAACACAACGGACUCUCCUACAGCCACAGCUGGGCAAGCCAACAGAAGGCUGAGAUGAAUGGGAAACGAAGGAAGGCCAGCAGCCAGCCGUCCAGCUGCAGCCAGAACACUGAGAGCAGUAGCACCACACCAGAACCAACACACGAGUCCUCAGACAAUGAAGGAUUCUCCAACCAGUGUGCACGGUGCAAUAAAGAGGUGAAGGACAUCGCCAUGAUAGAGGCCUCCGUCACAUCCAUACAGAAGACACAGCAGGACAUCCAGAGGAACCUGGCGGCUCUGAGUCGUCAGAUGUCUCGUCAGAGGGCGUCAGACGACACCGUGUCGCUAACGGGCCGUCACUGUCUCAUCCUCUGCGUCCUGCUCCUCUCUCAGCUCCUCCUCAACUACGUCUUCACCUGAGCCCGUUCCUCAGGGAGGAGUUUCCCUUUGGCACUGAUCUGGCACCAGAUCCCUCCAAAAAGCACAGACUCCAAUCAGCAGAUGAGGGCGGAGACCUCAGAUCAGUGUUAAGAGGGCAACUUUGUCCCUUUUUGUUUCCUCUGAGAGGGGAGGAGCACGGACAUUAAAGCAAUAAACACAGCCACAGCCACCGCCUGUCAGUCAUCUGCAGAGAGGAACAGCACCCCCUAGUGUAGCCAGACUGAAAUAGCACCGGCACCCACGCACUUUGGACAGGAAAGGAGGGAUGAGAGACAAGCACGGCUAAGAAGAUGAAAUGUAUGAUGAAGAUGACGAAUGAUUUUGCAAAAAGAAGACAAAGAGGAUGUUUCACCAUUCCCAAGUAUCUUUUUAUAUUGCCCUGCAAUACUGUUUAUCUGUUCGUGUGCCUGUAUGUGUGUCGUCCGUACCUACAGUACAAUAGGCCCUAUGGGCGCAGGCAGAUCACCGCUUGGACUUCUCCUAUUCCCCUUCCACUCCAGAUUUGGGCCUUAACGCUGAAGCCAAAAAAGAAGAAGAAAAAAACACGACAAACGAAGAAGGAAUAUCUUCCAACAGUGCAAUUCUGUGUGUUUUGUAUCGAUGUACGCUCAAAUACACUCCGUCUCGUCUUUUAAUGAUGAUGAUUUUACCAAAACAGUAUUUAUAAUCCGAGAGGACAAAGAGUACUUGUUUACAGGGAGCACUGUGUGUGUUUGUAGUGACACGUAGGAAGGAUGGAUAAUGGGAAUGAGGCAGGGCAGAGAGCCAAACAGAGUGUCUUUGUAUUUGUGUGCCUGUAGUGCUGUAACAGAAGGGAUAAUAGCAUAGCACUGCUUUUGGUCUAGACCACGACACUAGUGUGUACAAUCAGUUACAUAGAGGAGCAGCGUGUGGAGGACGGGAUAGAGGGGAAAUACAAGAAAAAAAUUAGAAUAUUUUGGCCUAAUAGAAGGGGUUUGCGUGUGCAUCUUGGUCCACACCACGUUCAAGUGACUGUUUUUAAGAUGUAAACACUUAGUAAUGAGUUUUUUGUUUUUCUUUUAAUCAAUUUGUAUAUAUUUGUCUUGAGGUCCGUGUUUCAAAAAGAGAUUUCAGAAUGUAUUUAUUGGGUGAUUAACCUUGACUUUCCUAAUCUAAUUGAGCUUGGAGGACGGAGACCAGGGGCGACAAUCGCUCUCCCAGGGUUGUAUGGGUUUGUCAUAUUGUACGUCUGUGUGUGCGUGUGUGUGUGUGUGUGUGUGUGUGAGUGUGAAGGAGCACAUGUGUGCGAGUAAGCCAUUAAUGGUUGUGCUAUACAAAGCCAGAUCUGUGAUCUCGGUUUUUACUGGUUUUUAACCCCUGAAUUUCAGUCUCCAUUGCCAGUACUGAUCUACCCAAUGGGAGAGAAUCAGAGAGCACAAGAAGGAAGUCGACUCUUUGAAUGCUUUUAUUUACACCUUAAUUUUGUCUGUUCUUUUCAUUCUUUACCUGUUUUCUACUCUACUGCCAUGUUGUGGGGAUUCUACAUGCCAGAUAUUUUUGUCAUAUGGAACGAAACUACAGAGAACAUGAUGUUGCCCGAUGUUUUCAUUCAUACCUGUUGCGUACUGUAGCACUACAGUAAAACAUUUUAACCCUG